AUGGCGACCAUCUCGAUCACGGUGCACAUGAGCGGCGGCAUGGAGCUUCUCUUCUCCAACGAGCCCACCCACGCCCUCACCCUCCCGCGACACUACGCCCCCUCGCUCACGACGCUCGCGCCGUCGCCGCCCGCGUCGCCGCCUGCGCCGCUCGACGAGGGCCAGGAGACGGACGUGCGGUUCCUCGUGUGGUGGUUGAGAGAGUACCUCUUGUCGGACCGGUCGAGGCCUGAGCUGUUCUCGCAGGGCGACACGGUCCGCCCCGGGAUCCUCGUCCUCGUCAACUCGACCGACUGGGAGCUCGAGGGCGAGCUCGACUAUGUGCUCCAGGACGGCGACGAGCUCGUCUUCAUCUCGACGCUGCAUGGCGGCUGA